AUGCCGCCCUCCGUAGACCAUGGCGAGAACCGGCCGCUGAACCUAGGAGAGCCACGUACAUCAAAUCUGGGCGCCACCCCCGUCACGUCUUCCGAAGAAGCGACCCUCGCCCGGCCAGAACUGACAGAGCCGUUCGAGAAUGGCUACCACUUCCCGCCCAAAUACCCCUUCAAAGAGGCGACCCAGCACGGGCUCAAGACCUUCUGGGGCUUCUUCACCACGCCCAUGGGCUUCUUCUGGACCAUCUACGGGCUCAACGUGGUGGCAUGGGGCGGCAUGAUCUUCCUGCUGCUCUGCAACGCCUCGCCCGCCAUGUGCUACCCCUCGUGCGACGACAUCGACUCGCCGCGCCGCAAGUGGAUCGAGUGGGACGCCCAGAUCCUCACGGGGCUCUUCUGCGUCACGGCCUUCGGCCUCGCCCCCUGGCGCUUCCGCGACCUGUACUAUCUCCUCCAACACCGCGUCCUGGGGAAACCUGAAGGCCUCCGCCGCCUGGCCGGUAUCCACAACAGCUGGUUCCGGUUGCCUGGGACGCAGGACCUGCCCGUGGAUGUCGGGCCCGGCAACAUCACGCCCGACGUCCCCCCGAGCUGCGUGCCGAUUCCGGAGAAGAGCAUGGCCCGCGCGCCGUUGACCGGCACGCGGGCGCCGGCGACGAGGAUGUGGAAGGUGGACUUUGUGAUCUGGUCCAUGGUGUUGAACACGUUUGCGCAGUGCGGCCUCUGCGGCAUCAUGUGGGGCAUGAACAGGUACGACCGGCCGAGCUGGGCCACCGGGUUCCUGGUGGGGAUUGGCAUGGUGAUCGCCAUGGUGGGUGGUUGGGUCCAGUUUAAGGAAGGGCAGAGGGUCAAGAGCAUCGAGGGUGUGCCGCUUACCGAGCGAGAUCGGGAGAGGCUGGCGCGGGAUAAGGAGUUGGGUAUUCCGCACUAUAACAACCUCAAGGACAAGAAGCCGAAGGAGAAGAACAAGGGGGACCCUGAGAAGUAG